CGAUACCGCAGGAAGCAUAACAAUAGUGAUCUCGACCAAUCCAUAAAUCACUUCGAACGCGCCUCGGAUCUCUGCCCCGUGGAUCAUCCCUAUCGUUCUGCAGCACUGGUCAAUCUAGCCACCGCAAAGUUCAUUAGUUGUCAAGCCAACAGAAUAUACCUCGACCUCGACAUACCUAUCUCUCUUUUUCAAGAAGCACUUGAUUUGUGUUUCACUGGUCAUCCAGACCGACCCACCACCCAACUCCAUCUUGCGAUUUCUCUGCUCUCUCGCUUCGCGAGACAGGGAUUUCAAACAGAUGUCGACACGGCUAAAGAGUUACUGAGCGAAGUGCUUGAUCUCUGUCACUCCAACAGCCACAUUUACAGAGCAUGUUUGAUUGCAAUGGAAACAUCCGCUCUGCAUUCAGAGCAGUGUUUGCAGGGAGAUGAACCCCGUGUUUUAGAUGAAGUGAUAUCUCUUCAUUAUGAUGCACUGGGAUACUACAAUACCAGACAUACUUACCGAGGGAAAUUGCUAGGUAAUUUGGCUGUAAUGCUGGCGACUCGCUUCGAGCGUCAAGGCAAUGGCAAAGACUUAGAUCAGGCUAUCACACUUCAGACGGAAGUGCUGACCUUACGCCCGGUCGGUCACACAGAUCGGUCCACAUCAUUGUAUAACCUUGCGGCUCUUCUCUCCUUCAGCUUUGAGCACCGAGGCAGCGACAAAGACUUGGAUCAGGCUAUCGCACUUCACAAGGAAGCCCUGGACUUGCGCCCCGUCGAUCACGCUGAUCGGUCCAUGUCAUUAAAUAACCUCGCAGCUCAACUCUCCUCCCGCUUCGAACGCCGAGGCAACGAGGAAGACUUGGAUCAGGCUAUUGCACUUCACAAGGAAGCCCUGGCCUUGUGCCCCGUCGGUCACACAGAUCGGUUCAUGUCAUUAAAUGACCUCGCGAAUCAGCUCUCCUCCCGCUUUGACCACCGAGGCAACGAGGAAGACUUGGAUCAGGCUAUCGCACUUCACAAGGAAGCCCUGGCAUUGUGCUCAGUCGGUCACACAGAUCGAUCUAUAUCAUUAAAUAACCUUGCGAAUCAACUCUCCUCCCGCUUCAAGUACCGAGGCAACGACGAAGACUUGGAUCAGGCUAUCGCAUUUCACAGGGAAGCGUUGGCCUUGCGCCCCGUCGGUCACACAGAUCGGUCCAUAUCAUUAAAUAACCUCGCAGCUCAACUGUCCUCCCGCUUUGAUCACCGAGGCAACGAUGAAGACUUGGAUCAGGCUAUCGCAUUUCACAGGGAAGCCCUGGCCUUGCGCCCUGUCGGUCACACAGAUCGGUCCAUAUCAUUGCAUAACCUCGCAGCUCAACUCUCCUUUCGCUUUAACCACCAAGGCAAUGACGAAGACUUGGAUCAGGCUAUCGUUCUUCAGAGAGAAGCCCUGGCCUUGUGCCCGAUCGGUCACACAGAUCGGUCCAAAUCAUUAAAUAACCUCGCAGCUCAACUCUCCUCCCGCUUUGCCCACAUAGGCAACGAGGAAGACUUGGAUCAGGCUAUCGUUCUUCAGAGAGAAGCCCUGGCCUUGUGCCCCGUCGGUCACACAGAUUGGUCCAUGUCAUUAACUAACCUCGCCGAUCAACUCUCCUUCCGCUUCGAACGCCGAGGCAACGGCGAAGACUUGGAUCAGGCUAUCGCACUUCUCAAGGAAGUCCUGGCCUUGCGCCCCGUCGGUCCCACAGGUCGGUCCAAAUCACUAAAUAACCUCGCGAAUCAACUCUCCUCCUGCUUUGACCGCCGAGGCAAUGAGGAAGACUUAGAUCAGGCUAUCGCACUUCUCAGGGAAGCACUGGCCUUGUGCCCGGUCGGUCACUCAAAUUGGUCCAAAUCAUUGAAUGACCUUGCGAAUCAACUCUCCUCUCGCUUUGCCCACAGAGGCAAAGACGAAGACUUAGAUCAGGCUAUCGCACUUCACGGGGAAGCGCUGGCCUUGUGCCCGGUCGGUCACACAGAUCGGUCUACAUCAUUAAAUAAUCUCGCGAAUCAACUCUCCUCCCGCUUUAACCACCGAGGCAACGAUGAAGACUUGGAUCAGGCUAUUGCACUUCACAGGGAAGCCCUGGCCUUGCGCCCGGUCGGUCACGCAGAUCGUUCCACAUCAUUAAAUAACCUCGCAGCUCAACUCUCCUCCUGCUUUAACCACCGAGGCAACGAGGAAGACUUGGAUCAGGCUAUCGCACUUCACAGGGAAGCCCUGGCCUUGCGCCCUGUCGGUCACAUAUAUCGGUCCAUAUCAUUGCAUAACCUCGGGAAUCAACUCUCCUCCCGCUUCAAGCACCAACACAAUAGAGAAGACUUUGAGGAUCUGAAUGCCGCCAUGCAUCAUCUCAAGGCAGCAGUAAAUCUUGUCUCUGGAGGAUUGCUAUCCCGCCUGCGAACAAGUCUGCUCUGGGUUGAUGUUGCCUCUCAACAUUCACAUGCCACUGAACUAGAGGCAUAUGCAACGUCCAUGCAACUUCUGGACGCUUACAUGUCUACAACAGCUUCAAUAUCGUCUCGUCACAAUAUCAUGAAGGACUUCCCAAGUACACUUGCCGUUGAUGCUGCAUCCUGUGCUCUUCGUAGUGGUGAUGUGUGUCGCGCUGUCGAGUUGCUGGAACAAGGCAGGACUAUCAUCUGGACCCAGAUGACACGACUCCGCACCCCUCUUGACAGCCUCCAGACUCAUGGCGAUCAUGCAGUAGCCCUGAUGAAGAGAUUCAGAGACCUCAGCUCCCUUCUCGAUAAACCUCCUGCGAACUAUUCAGAAGGAAACCCGAGAGUCGACAUAGAAGUGGAGGAAACCCGGUACAGACGUCUAGUGGAGGAGUGGAAUAAAGCUGUAGAAGAGAUCCGGAAGAUCGAGAGCUUCUCACGCUUCCUCCUUCCCCCCUUAUUCUCUGAUCUUCAAGAUGCAGCUUGUGAUGGGCCUAUCAUCGUGCUCAUCCCGAGCAAGUCGUCGUGCCACGCCAUUAUCAUCCCGCACAAGCAACCUCCAACUAGCAUACAACUCCUUACCGAUUUUCUGAAACUCUUCAAAUUGGUACUGGCACUCCGAGAGGCAGUUGAAAAAGAGGCCGGUCCUAAAGGGCACCAAACAGCGCUGAUAAAAGCUUUGAGAGAGUUGUGGGACAACGUGGUCGGCCCGGUAGUCGAAAGUCUGGGCGGAAUUGCACGACGAGGUUCCCGAAUAUGGUGGUGCCCGACGUCUCUCGCCAAUUUCUUGCCAUUACAUGCUGCUGGCGAGUACAGGCCCAAGGGAAAGUCCCUUUCGCAGCAGUAUAUUUCUUCGUACACGCCAUCGCUCACCGCGCUGAUCAAGGCUCGCGGAAGUCAUGGCAGGUCCUUGUCAGUGCCCUUCGUUGCCAUUGGUCAGGAUUGCCCAGCCGGUGCCUCAUUCACUUUGGAUGCUGUGGAGCCUGAGCUGGAGUUGGUGCGGAGGCUUUUGCCUCCUCCCCCUACUGUUUCCUUCUCCAAGGUCACCAGCAUUGAUGCUACGAAAUCGAGAGUACUGCGUGCAUUGCGGGACAAUACUUGGCUCCAUCUUGCGUGUCACGGGACACAGAGAUUCGACGAACCCUUCAAGUCAGCCUUUCUUAUGCACGACCAGCCGCUUUCGCUCCUCGACAUCACACAGACGGAUCUGUCUCGGCAUGAAUUUGCAUUUCUCUCUGCCUGUCAAACCGCAGUCGGUGCCUUUAGCACGCCCGACGAAGUGAUACACCUAGCGGCUGGCUUGCAAUUUGCUGGGGUUAACAGCGUCGUUGGAACAUUGUGGAAGGUCACUGAUAGUACCGUGCAGCACUUAGUCGAGGCAUUCUACAAAAACUUAUGUGGGAAUGGCCCAAUGAAUUCCAAACGAGCUGCCUGGGCGCUGCACCAAGCGGUCCAGUCGUUGGCUCAUGACGAGAACAUUAUAAUGCCCUUGGACCAGCGCAUAGUGUUCGUGCAUAUCGGC